AAAUAUUUAACCUUUGCAACAUAGGCAAGUAGUUGGCGGUGUAUUGCUUUCUCAAGUUAUUUUUAUGAACCUCCCAGAAAAGGUAGUUCAUGUGACAUGCAGUUCCAUACGUACACCAAUCAAGGAACAUAUCUAGGAAUAAGUAUUGCAUACUUUAAAGAUUAUGCAGGGCUCUGCGUCAGUGUAUAGUACACUUCGUUCUAUACUCAGAACUUGUAGUCGAAAAUACACAGCAAAUAACGCAUGUGGUCGCAGACACAGGCUCUUAGACUCAAGGCAACUCAAUACAUCAAUUCAACAAAGACCAGAUAAACUAUCGAGGUUAUGUUAUACCUCACACGUAUGUAUAGUGCGACCAUAUGCCUCUAUAUGUACGGAACAAGGGUCUGUACAAUUGAUCAAGAAACGAAUCAAACAGAGGAGGUAUAGUUGCUUAGAACGUCAAGUGAUACAUCGGAAGUAUAGCAAUAGUUUUCGCGGGAGUGUAGCUUCGAAGGGUUCCAUAGGGGGGUUGAUGGGUGGUGACCAUGGGAGCGGCGACGAUAGUGAUAGUAAGAAAGGGCUUGCUGAGGAUUAUACUGAGCGAUUCAGGGAAGACAACAUGAAACAAGUAUAUGGAGACGAUUACCACUAUUCCAGUUCCGAAUACGAAAUAGAUAGUGAGGACGAUUCGAAUAAUAGUCAAUCCAGUACUAAAGGCAGCAUAACACAUCAACAGAACCAUGAGCGUGUGGGAAUUGAUAGGGAGAAAGAGGUUGCAGUGGACGAGAUUAUUGACGAGGGCCUAGAACGCGCUGAAUUCGACAUGGACAGUGACUACUUAGUCGAUGAAUACGAAGGAGAUAAUGAUGUUGUUGGGGCAAACGGUAUGUAUGAAU